AUGAGGUUUUUCAUUCUGGCCGUGGCAUUGCUCGGCUAUGCCGCCGGUUUGGGCGUCAUGUCCGUUGAUUUAGGCUCCGAAUGGUUCAAGGUCGCCAUCGUCAAGCCUGGUGUUCCAAUGGAAAUCGCAUUGAACAAAGAAUCGAAAAGAAAAACCCCAGUCGCCGUUUUUAUGAGAAAUGGAGAGCGACUUUUUGGAAGCGAUGCUGUUACUUCUGGCAAUCGAUACCCACACAACAGCUACCGUUAUUUCCCACUUAUCCUCGGCAAAUCUAUUGACGAUCCAGUUGUUAAAGACUUCCAGCAGAAAUUCCCGUACUAUGAGCUUGUUCCUACAGAGCGAAAUACAGUAGCAUUCAAGCAUCCAGAAGGCGAUGUCACUUACACAGUGGAGUCAUUGUUGGCGAUGGUGCUCGGCCAUGCGCGAGAAAUUGCCUCGAAAUUUGCUGAAGGACCAAUUUACGAUGCUGUUAUUACUGUUCCUUCUGAUUGGGGACAGGUCGAGCGAAAAUCAGUAAUUGCGGCUGCCGAACUCGCUGGAAUCAAGCUCCACCAACUUUUGAACACCAACACCGCCGUUGCCCUUCACUAUGGAGUCUUCAAUCGAAAACAAAUUGAGUCCAAAGCAGAGAGCUAG